AACACUCUCAGUACGACUCUAGUCGCUUUGCCGCUUGGAGCAGGCGCGUUACACGACGCCGGCCACACGGAGAGGGCGAGAGAGGUUCAACUCGAAACAACUACAACCUAACGCAAUUUUGACAGACAUGUGGACCGAGUGAAUGCAGUGUUCAGUGACGUAACAUUAGUGAACAGCUCUUAAGAGAACAACAAUAAUACAGUGGAGGUGGCACUAGUAAACAAUGGAUACCAAAAGCUCGAUCUCAUCACAAGAGUGGCACAUACCACGGCCAUCAUUAUCGGGCAGCAGCGCAGCCGGGAGCCUGAGCGAUGCGCGGUCUCGUGGCGGCUCCGCCUCCAGCCAAGGCUCAUCAAGCAACCACAGUACCCACAGUGUAUCAUCGGGCUCAUUGCUGCUAAGUGCGGCGCAUCUAGCGCGCAUGCACGACAGAAAUUCGGAGCAAGAUGAGCGCGGGAGCUAUCAGACCAAAUUUGGAAGCUUUGGACGCAAAUCUGGACAUUCUGAGGCCGUAGUCGCCAUUCCUGAGGAAUCCCAUGAUGGUUUGGAUUCAAUGUGGAAUGGUGUUAAGAGGAAUUCGGGGCCUGGGCAGGACACGCAAUCAGUAGCAAGUUCAACACACUUUACCGUCGUAAACGGGUAUACGAAGCAGCGAACAGGCAAAGAACCUAAGUCCUGUUGUUGUAAUCAUUCACAUCAGAUAACAGUUCUGGUUAUAUCUAUGACUAUACUGUUUUCUGCGUGUAUACUGGCAGCCAUAUGCUUCGUUGAAAUGCGAAUGCGUAAGGAGACCGGGAUGUAUAAAUAUUCAUAAGUCAUAAGGUCUAGAAAACCAGAAGAUAUGUUAUGGGUACAAGUAAUAAUUGAUCACAACUAACUAGCUAUUUUUAAUGUUACUUAUAAAUUAGCUAGUAACUAAUUUAGCAAAUACCGUUAUUUAAAAUUAUUAGGAAAUCUUUGUUUACAUUUAAACCAAUAGUUAGACAAUAAAUAAAAUAGUGCAAUAUCUUACUUACCCAGUACAUAAACCUUAGGAUAAUAAUUAAUAGUAGUAAACCUCUAUUUAUUUUUGAUAAGUCUUAUAAGCUAUUAAGCUGUGAUGCUCAUGUUAUUUUUAAAUAAUCUGAAGGCUAAAUUGGUUUCCUUAAAAUUGUAUAGAAUAUUAAUUAAUUUCAUUGUGUAUUCAAAUUAUUUAAUAAUUUUUAAGUAAAAUCUCUACCAUAAUAGAUUAAAUUAUAAUGUGAUUAAUUUAUGACUUAAGUAUUACUUAGAAACUUUAGUACAUGUUUGGAUGUUUAAAAGUUGCAAUUUUUCGUAAGUAUAUGAAAAUCUGCAUCUUUAAUGCCUUUACAUCAUAAGUUAAAAGAAAUAUUCUGUAAUCAGGCAGUGGCAUAAUAUAUCAUGGCGAAUAAUUUGGUUUUAUAAAAGUAAAUUAAUACAAUUGUUAUCGACAAACUGUGAUAAUAAACGAAAACUCGACAUCUA